CAUGCCACUGAAUCAGCGUAAUUGGCCAGCUUCCGUGGGAUUUGAUGUCACCUUUAGAUUGGUUCAACUGAAGAUGGAAACACUGGAGUCUGAGCUGACCUGCCCGAUCUGCCUGGAGUUGUUUGAAGAUCCCCUGCUCUUGCCCUGUGCCCACAGCCUGUGCUUUAACUGCGCCCAUCGCAUCCUGGUGUCUCACUGCUCCACCAGCAAGCCCCUCGAGUCCAUCUCGGCCUUUCAGUGCCCCACUUGUCGUUACGUCAUCACGCUGAAUCACCGCGGCCUGGAGGGCCUUAAGCGCAAUGUGACGCUGCAGAACAUCAUUGACCGCUUUCAAAAGGCCUCCCUUAGCGGCCCCAACUCCCCCACUGAGAGCCGGCGCCUGCAGCCGCAGCGGCCCUACACCGCCACCAUUAGCGGCACAAUAACAACGAUUGGCGGUGGUGGUGGCACAAGUGGAAGCAGCGCCCGCGGCAGCCCGGCGACUUCCAGCCACUCCCACCCGCACGCCAAUCACACCAAUCACGCCAACCACACCAACGCCAACCACAGCCCAGCUGUUGUUGCUAAAAUGGAUCCACGCAUCAGCUGCCAGUUCUGUGAGCAGGAUCCGCCACGUGAGGCUGUCAAGACGUGUGUCACGUGUGAGGUAUCGUACUGCGACCGCUGCCUGCGCGCGACACACCCUAACAAGAAGCCGUUCACCAGCCACCGCCUGGUCGAGCCGGUGCCGGACACACACAUCCGCGGCCUGACCUGUCUGGAGCACGAGAAUGAGAAGGUCAACAUGUACUGCUUGGUGGAUGACCAGCUCAUUUGUGCCCUCUGCAAGCUGGUGGGGCGCCACAGAGAGCACCAGGUGUCCUCUCUCACUGAACGCUUUGAUAAGCUCAAGGCUUAUCAGGUGAGCCCGGGCAGAGUGUCAGAUGCGGUAAUGGAGGCUUCAAAGACAAGCGCUGCGCAAACCCUGGAAAACAACCUGACCAACCUGGUGAAGAGGAACAGUGAACUGGAGAACCAAAUGGCCAAGCUCAUCCAGAUAUGUCAACAGGUUGAGGUGAACACAGCCAUGCAUGAAGCCAAGCUGGUGGAGGAAUGUGAUGAGCUAGUGGAGAUCAUCCGCCAGAGGAAACAGGUCAUCGCUGUAAAGAUCAAAGAAUCUAAGGUGAUGAAACUGCGUAAGCUGGCUCAGCAGAUAGCGAACUGUCGCCAAUGUCUGGAGCGCUCCAGUGCCCUCAUCACACAGGCAGAACAGAGCCUGAAGGAGAACGACCACGCUCGCUUCCUCCAGACAGCCCGAAAUGUAGCAGAAAGGGUUGCCAUGGCGACGGCCUCCUCCCAGGUCCUCAUCCCUGACGUCAACCUGAAUGAGGCAUUUGACAACUUUGCCCUGGACUUUUCCAGAGAGAAGAAGAUUCUAGAGGGACUAGAUUACUUAACAGCUCCAAACCCGCCAUCCAUAAGAGACGAGCUGUGCACCGCCUCUCAUGACACCAUCACUGUUCACUGGACGUCCGAGGACGAGUUCAGCGUCACUUCCUACGAGCUGCAGUACACCAUCUACACCGGCCAGACAAAUUUUAUCAUUCAAGAAAGAUGGCAGGGAUCGAGAGAACGAGAGAGAAAACAGAAAAUUGAAGAGGAGGAGAGACCCUGCCCAGAGGAAGCCCGGGGCCCCCGUCUGGAGCCAGGCCCAGAGGGAGGGCUCGUCGGCGAGUGCCUGGUUUGCCAUGGAGCCCGGCCGGGCUCAGCCCGAAGAAGCAACGUGGCACCCCCCUCUCCAUCCUUUGGACCCACCAUCCAUCAGAAGAUCCGCAGGGGUCGGGUGCGCUGCCACAUGGGUGGCAGUGAAGGUAAGGGACCUCGAUGGACCAGACCCGGGCGGCAGAGCCGGAACUUGUGCGGGAGAUGGAGCGCUACCAAUUAG